CCAGAGCUCAACAGCUCCGAAGAAUCAAGCUCUCCUCUGUCACUGCUCAACAGCCCCAAUUCCUUUGCAUUUCUGGACUUCUCACCAAAAGCUCAGCCCAGCAGAGUUGGGAACUUUCCUCAUGUGGAAGCUAACUGUGCGGUGCAUGUCUACAUCCCAGUUGGAGGCAAGAAUGGGUGGGAGGUCCCCAAAUCAAAGAAUGACCAACAAAUGUAUAACCAAUGGGCAUCAGAUAACAGGUUCAAGGUCAAUGACACUCUCCAUUUCAACUACACCAAAGACUCGGUGCUGGUGGUGACCAAGGACGAGUACGAAAAAUGCCAUUCUGCUCAUCCCAUCUUCUUCUCCAACAAUGGUGUGACUGUGUUCACAUUGGAACGGCCUGGUUUGUUCUAUUUCAUUAGUGGGGUUUCUGGGCACUGCGAGAGAGGCCAGAAGAUGAUCAUCAAAGUGUUGGAACCAGCAAGCCCACCCCAAUCUGCUGACCAGAACGAGCAGAAGAAUGAUGCUGCAGUUGCAAUGGCCACCAUCUCUUCUGCAACUCUCAUUUCCUGCAUUAUGUCAUUUGUGGGGGUCCUUUUCUUCUGAAUGCUGUGAUCAGUGAUGGUUACUAUAUUCUUCUUUGCUGUUUUUUCCCAUACCCCUGAUUCUUAAUUAGGUUUUUUCUUUAGUUUGUUUCCAUUAAUUGGGUCAGUUGAGAUUAAAAGGAGUGUAGGACUGGAACUGAUUGAGAUUAUGAAAGUAAAUUUGUU